AAAAGGAAGUGUCCUACCUGCUGUACUAUUUUUUCAGUCACAAAAAUUCAAACUAUAGCAUUUACUUUUGGGGGGACCGGUAGCCUCUGAUGAUUGGAAAAAAAAGUACUUUGAAACAAAGAAAGUGACGGCAUCAUUGGAAGAGAUCCUAACAAAACUUCGAGAAGAUUUGGAACUUUUCUAUAAAAAAUUGCUAAUGCAGCUUGAAGCCCGGGAGAGCAAGAUGAGACCAAAGAAUCUGGCAAACACAACAGACUCUAAGAAUUAUCUUAUAAUCAAGAUCGCUGAGGUACAACAUGAAAUUGACCAACUUAAGAGAAAAUUGGAUAUUGAAAAAAUGAAACUUAUACUGGAAAUAAAGAUGAGAAAACAAGCAGUUUCCAAUUUACGUAACUUAAAAGCUGAACUGGCACAGAAGACAAAUAUUCUUUCACAAUCUCAACCAGUACCUGGAAAUGUUCCUUAUUAGGUCAACAUGUGAUUUUGUUUUUGAUGACAGCCAGAUU